AGCCACAACCCACAGCUGACGCAUGCGCAGAAGAGCCGGUGUUAAGAGGUGAAAACACUGAAAGAUGGUCACGGUGAAAUUGUGUAGUGAGUGAAAGCUGAAAUAUUUUGUAGUGUUUGGGAAAAUAACACAUGAUUUCUCCGUAGAACUGUACAUAUUCUCAUGGCCGAAUCAAAGCGGAUAACUUUAGAUGCACCUAAAGCCCUGCAACGUGAAAAAAAAGUGAAAGAAAUCCCUCCAACUUUUAGGUUUGAUUUGAAUCUAAAUGUAAAUGACAAGAAUACAGACUGUGCCGAGUUUUCAUAUGCGGAGUUAGUGAAAGAAGCUCGGUCAUCUGAACAAGAGUCUAAACAGAUUGGCAGUGAUGAUCCAUUUUCUCUCGAUGAAAAUGUGGAGGAAUUGCAAGCAAUCGCUAGAAAAUUUGAAGAGAAAUAUAACCCUAAGCCUGGUAGGAAGAAAAAGAAAAAAAUGGCCAUAUCUGAAGAUUAUAUAGACAAAGGGAUGGGAUAUGACGAGACUGAUCCAUUCAUUGAUAAUGGGGAAGCUUAUGAUGAACUCGUGCCAUCAAGUUUAUCUACCAAAUUUGGAGGGUUCUAUAUCAACAAAGGUGAAUUAGAGUUUAGGAAUAACUCUGAAUCUGAAAAUGGUACUGAUGGCAAACCAAGGAAAAAGAGAAUUAAACAAGGCACAGAUAAAGAAAAGAAAAAGCGUCGAUUUGGUUUUGACGAAAAUCAAAAACGUCGAGGAAGAAAACCAUUUAGUGACUCUGAAAGUGCCUUAAUGAAACCUAAGAAGAAACCUCAGCUUACUGUAGCUGAUAUGUUGCAACAACACAAAGAAUAUCAACAGCGCAUACAACAGGAAAAUAUUAAAAAAAUGCAGCUCAUCCCCAUUCCAGUUGAGCGUGAAGUAGAAAGUGAAGAAUUUGAGGAAGACAAUGUGGAAACUCCUUCACAAGUGCUACAAAUUCCUGGGCAGGCUUCUACUAUAUCUGAAGCAAUUGAAUCUGUUGUCAAAGCUGCUGCAGAAGAUAUGACAAGUAAUGGUUCAGCUGGUCUGAUUACUGGUAGUAGUGAUGGUGAGGAAGCUAAAAUACCUGCUGAAAACUUAGAGGCUCCUAGAUUGCCAGAAAAUUUGCCUCCAGAACUAGAUGUUGUUGUUGCUCAGUUAAAAGAGGCUGCAUACCGAUCUGAAGAAGGAAAGUGUAAAUUUUUUAGUGAUGAAGUUAACAGGAUGCUUUUGAGUGUUGAAUUAAGAGCUCAAGAACUGACUAGUGCUCAACGAUCAAUCAUUUAUGCCCAUCUUGCCUCUCAUCUUCCUUGUACUAAAGAAACUUUACAAAAACGAGCAAAAAAAUUAAGACUAGAUCAAGAAGAUGGAAAAUUAAGAGAACCAAUGCAAAGAUUAAGAGACGGUAUUGCUUCCGUUAUGCCUGCUAUGAUUGAAAAAUAUACAGCGUUAGUGAAAGCAUAUGAUGCAAGGGAUGAAAAUAAGAAAAUUGAUGUUCCCAUUGGUACAGAUGGAGAGGAAAGUCAAGAAGAAGGUGAUAAGAAAGCUUCACAUUUUCCAAAGAAAAGAUUUGAAUGGAAUGAUACUAUAAGGAAGUAUUUGUGUGACGUUGUUCGUAUUAAACUGAAGUGCUAUGAAGUCUCUAAGACAAGAAUUCAGUCUGCAGAAGAGUAUUUAAAACACUUCCUAGAAGCUGAAGUCAAAAAUUUAUGGCCACCUGGUUGGAUGCAAUCCAGAAUACUAUUCAGAGAAAGCAGAGCUGCUCAUUUUUCUAUAACGAAUAGACCAAAGAAACAAAUACUGAUCCCUAAAAAGUUGAAUCCAUUGACUCCUGUAAUGCUUACUAUGAAGCCUGCAGUGUCUCUCCUUAACAAUACUGUUAUAACUCAGGAAUCUGACUAUGAACAGUCUGUUCAUGAUAAAAGUGUGCCUUUAUUAUCAUCAGUUGAAAAUGCCGUAGAGAAAAGAGAACAUGUUGAUGUUAUGUCAUCUAAUCAGGUGCUGUCUUCUGAAGAAAGGGCAGCUGAGCUCGCAAAGCUGUUUGCAUUUCCUUUAAAGUCAGUUAUUACUGAUGAAUAUUCAGUUUUGAAAAGCCAUGAGAGUGUAGCCUCUACAAGUAAGGUAACAUAUGAACUUCCUCCUAAGACCCCUUCUCCACAUCAUGUAAAUACAAUUUCAGAUAGUUUAUUGGGAUCAAAACCUGCUACACCUAAAAGUGAUAAGCAUUCAAAAUUAACACAAAAUAAACAAACUACAUUUUCUCCUAAAGUGCCAGACUUUAACACAUUUGCAGAGGGGUCUCUUGCAUCAGAUAUGCUUGCUCGAAUAAUAUGUGCAAGUUUAGCUGAUUUUCCUUAUGCAGGUUCACAAAAUACAGACAAUACAUCAUCAAAAUCUGCUAGUGUUAUUUCACCAAACCCAUCCGUUUUAAAGGAAUCACGUACUUCUUUACCUUCUAAAUAUUCCAGUGACACUCAUACUAGUCCUAAAAAAAUAGAUAUAAAGCCAUAUAAUUUUGAUGCAAGGAAAUCUAGUCAGGAUAGUGGACAUAACUUUCCAAACCUUGCAAGUGUGGAAUCUUUUAUGAGUGCUAAAAAUCAAAGUAUACAAAGAUCUAGUGAUGCAAUUAACAAAAGUAAGAAUCAUUCUGAUAUUUCUUCUGCUGUUAAUUUGAAAUUAAAAGAUUCCAUUGUUCCUCAUUCUAGACAGUUUGCUGAAGCAUUUGAAAAAACUGAUAUCCCCCCUAUUCAAAAGCAUAAUCCCAAAAGUGUCAAAUAUUCAGCAGUUUCGUCAAUUGCCAUGACUAAUGCUUCCUCCCGAUUAAUUAGUGAACAUUUGAGUGAUUAUCCUUCGAGCACAUCUCCAAGAACUUCUUUGGAAAGUACUCAAAAAGUACCAUUUGAUCUUGCUAAGUAUAGUUCAGCUAUCUCAUCUCAGGGUACUGUUACUGCUCCAUACAAAAAACGAUCCAAGUAUAGCCAAAGUGGUAAUAAAACUAGUGAUCAGUGGUCUCAUUUUUUAGAUGCAAGCUUAGGUCCAUCCCUUUUAGAAGGGAUGAAAGGUUUUCCAUUUCCUGUUAGUUCAUUACCCACUCCACCACCUGCACAUUCAUCUUCUCCUCAUCGGACUUCAGCUCAUUCACAGCACAAUUCAUCUAGAACUACAUCACAUAUUUCUCCGGGGCUAAGAAGUAUACAUGAAUCAAAAAGUGAUACAACUAAUCAUAACACACAAGCUCAUUCCAACAUUGUCACUUCGUCUGAAAUUCAACGACGGCAGUCGUUGAUACAAGGUCCUUGGAAGUCAAGUUCAUCUCAAUCUCCAUCUACCUCUCUUAGUCAUUUCAUGGCAAGCACAUCCCCACCUAUUUCAAAUCCAUGUAAAUCUACCUCACCAAAUCAUCAUAACACUAAUUCUCAUGCUAUUAUGUCCCCAGUCCCUGCACAUUCUAUGUCACAAAUUGAAAAGGCCACUUCUGCUUACAACCGUAGUCAUAGUCCUUUACCACUUCGUGCAAGCCCUUCUCAUAUGUCUCUUAGUCAUCCAGUAAAAACCUCAUCACCAUCCAAUACAUAUUCUCAUUUGGUGACACCUCCAUUCACGACACACCAGUCCAGUCAUUCUGUGUCUUCUAACCUCCAUCAAGCUGUUGUGCGUAAUACUUAUGAUCCAUCAAACCUUACAACUACAUCCAAUUCUACUGCAGGCACAUAUACUACUAAUCAAGUUUUGAAAAUGAAUGUACAGCAGCAAUGGUACAGGAACAGUAAGACGAAUUUUUAGAGCAAUCACCAAAUUUGACAUAGCAUCAGUAAGGUUGUUUUUCUAUAAUAUUCAGUGUCUUUCUUGAAACUAGAUUCAUUUGCAGUAACUAAACAACAGGAUGAGUGUAGAUGUGUGUGACAAUAGCAAUGUAUUCUUCGCAACCCCAAGUGGAUAGGUUUAUUAUGCUUACACAUGCCACAACAAUUAGCUAUAAGAUAAAUAACGUUUUCUUACUCAAUGUGACAAAAAAGUGAAGGAAGGGAGGAAAAAAAAACUUGUAAUAAAAUUAACCAGCUUUGAAUUUUUGAUGACCCUGGGUGCUUUCAUAGUCUGUUCACCCCUAAGUACAGCCUUGGAUGGAGCACAAUUCACACACCUCUACUUGAUAACUAUGAGGUCUUUUUAUUGGUAUGUUAUGAAAGUAUGAGAAGCAAUUGUGUGUGACCUUUGGCAUUCUAGUCUUGCUACCGUAAAAUUGCUUUACACUGUUCCUUUAAAGCUUUAAAAUUGCAUUUUGACACAUUUCACAUUUAGAUGCAAAAAUUAUAGUUAUAAAGCUUUUGAAUUUACAUAUUAAUUGUCUAUUUGCUUACUGAUUAAAAUUAUUUUUCUUCUACAGAAACAAAAACUGUGAAUCCACGGACUAAUUAAGUGCCAUCUGCUUACAUAAUGUGCCGAUUAGGUGUUUGUUAUUUAUUUUCAUAGCAUCACAUUGUACAAGUUUUCAUUUAAGAAUUAAAGGAAAAUAAAGCUAAUGGAGGAGUUGAUUUUGUAUAUAUAGUUAUGUAUGUUUUGAGUGGCAGUGAGAUUUCUGUGAUUAAUUUCCUUGUAAAUGCAGCUUUGUAAAUUUAACUGCCCUUAAUGUAUGUGCAUAAUAUGGUAAAUUGGAGUGAUAAUUAUGUACAGUAUAAAUAACCCCUUCUGUAUAUUCUGUCUUGGGGCAUAUUUUUGUCAACAUGAGUGUUAUUUGUACAGUGUACAUUCAUUCUUGUUUUGCUUCCUGUGUGUUUUUAGUGAACUUCCAUUGAAAUUUAAGUCAAUAUUGACCUAGCCAAGUUUAUUUAUAUGCAGCAUUUCAAAUCAAACAAGUGUUCGUCUCUAGUUAACAGCUGUAUAAAUGAUUUUAGAAUGUGGUCAAUUUUCAACACAUUUUGUAUAUUCAUAAGAUUUUUAGAUAAUAUUGUUAAUUAUAAAAUAUUAAAUCUUUUUAUUUUAUAAUAUAGACCUUAGCAUAUCUUAAAUUACUUAACUCAUUGGUGCUUUUUAUGUGUAUUUUUUAGCUUAUAUUUAAAAGUUAAUCUUUUUUUUUUUAAACCUAUGAAGGUUUUGGUUUCCUGGUGCAUUUCAAUAAAAUAAUACUACGUAAAAUAAUGAAACAUUGUCUAUGAUAUUUUUUAUCAAGUAGCAAAAUUUAUUUAGGAAAUAACUGAUAGGAGAGAAAUGGUUUUUGCUUCAUAAAUAAUGCUUACUCUAUUGUAGACAAAAAUUGCUUAGUAUGAAUGUUUUAUUACAAAUGUAAAUGUUUAAAAACUGUUGCUGAUGUAAAAGUUUUGAUUUAUGAAUGUAAAGAUUUGGUAACAGACUGUUUAAGAAAAAGAGCUCUGAGUGUUGUAUAAAUUUUUUUUUUUCUUAUUGAGAGAAUAUAACAAAUUUUUGUUUUUAUUUAUUUUGUUUAAGAAACAUUGAUGUUGUUUUGAAAUCAAAUUUUACAAAUGUGAUGUUACAGGUUUUUAUGCAACUGUAGUUACAAGCAAUAAAAGCUAUCUAUUCUGAAAAAUUAAUGUUUCUUUAAUGAUUUAAGUAUUUUUUAAGUUUUGUUCAUGAUAAUGCUGGAUCAAUUAACAUUCAGUCAAGUGCUCAUGUUUGGAAUAAUUUGGUGAUUUUCUCAUCUGGCAUUCCGCUAAUAUUUUAAGAGUAGAUUGUUUGAAGAAAAUUGCAUGAUCAUCAAAAAGAAUGGUGAAUUGAUAACUAAUUUGCCAUUGUUAAUCUGUGAUUUCUUAUUUUCAAAACACAUUUUAAAGGUCAAAGCAAUUUUCUUUGUCUAAUGUUUACUCCCCAUUAAGGACAUUGAAUUUAAUGUUAUGCUUUUUAGGUACUAUAAUAAGAUUUACCUCUGUUUGAACACUCUUACAUAUCUCGGGUCACAUUGAUUUACUCAUAUGCAUUGAAUAUGCAAGAGAUACCAUUUUGGAUUAUCUUAGCAUACAUCAGGUUAUCUUACCUGUCGAUAGACAAAAUAGUCUUGCUCUCCCUCCUGAACCAAGGCUUGAGUCUGUGACCUUGAGAUGCCCACAUUGGGUUUUUCUUUUCUUCCUGCCAGACUAAUAUUUUUUAAAAACUCUUUAAUCAACUGAGAUUGUCUACAUUUGCUCAACCCAGCGGAUACUGUCUUUCGUAGCUUUAAACUUUGCUUCAACAGCCAAGCUAAAUUAGAUGUAAAUAUUGAAUGUGAAAUAGUUUAAUUUUUAUAUAAAAAUGAAGCAUUAAAAUAGCUAAGACUUAUUUUUUAGAAAAUCAUAAUCUAUGAAAUAAAUUUUUUUUUUAAAUAAUUGAAUCAAUGUUUACCAAUGAAUCAUAGUAAAAAAGAGAAAAAAAUUACAUUAAUUUGCACUUGUGAAAUUUAUUUUUAACUGUUGUAUUGUUAAAAAUGCUAUUGACCCAUGAAAUUUGAAAAAUUAUGAGAAAAAAAAAACUGCUUAUAUAGUAAAAAUAUAUAUGAAUCAUUUUUAUUUAUGAUUAUUGAAUGAACAGAAUUUUUUUUUUUUGUAAGAAAUAAAAUUGAAUCAUUAUUUAUUAGCAUUGUUUUCUUAAAUUAUUCAUCAUUCAAAUUUAUGAUGUUGCCUCAGAGGGGAAACAGGUUAAAUAAUUUCUUUAGAACUUUUUACUUUUCAUCAAUUUUUUGUAAAUGAUAACAUUUUGUAUUGAAAGCACAUUCAAUAUAACUUAAGUAGUUUUCUUCAAAAUGUCUAAAGAAAAUUCAACAAAAUGUAGGCUGUGUUAAUUAACGUCUAAACUUAGAAAUUGACCCAAAUUUGGGCAUUUGACUGUAGUCUGAAAGUUCCUUAUAAGUAGUUUACAACUUUGCCACCAUUAAUUGCAAUUGAAGUUUGUUAUAUUUCCUCUAUUCAGAUGCUGCUACCCGUCCUAGAAUCUUGUAACAAUUUUUGUGGGGAGGGGUAAUUGUUUCAUUCAACCUAAAAUUAUCUGUUAAGUUGGCCAUAUCUUUAUUAUAUAUAUAUAUUUUAUUCUGUUCUUUGGCAUAUAUUUUGUUUGUCUUAAUUUGACUUGAUUUCUAGAAUCCUAAUAAUUCUUAUGCCAGCAAAUGGUUUAUCAUUCUAUUGUAUUUUAAGUUUAAAUUUCAAGUUAUGGUUCUUUAUUAUAUUUGUAAGCAUUUUAAAAAUUGGCAUCGUGACGUCGCUUUCAUUAUUUUAUUUGUAUUCUAUUAUAAGUUCAAACAUUUUUACUUAAGAUGGUGUAUUAACCCCUAUUAUAUUGACACCUUUUCUGUUUGCUUCCUAAUAUGAUUUUUUAUUUAAAAAAAUGCUGUAGUUGACCUUAUAUAUUUUAGUUUUAAAAAUCUACAUCAUUUUUGUUGGUUAUUGAAUUUGAUUUUUAUUUAAAGUUCAUUUGUCUAUAUAUUUUUAUUGGUUCUUUUUUAUUUUGAUUUGAAGAUUUAUUUUUCACCAUAUUUUUUUCUAUUAUAAUGUUUAAACUAUAAUAUUUGCAAUGGUUUGUUAAGCCUAAUAUGUCUAAUUAUUUUUUUAAAAUUUUGAUUAUAAAGCAUUUUUAAGUUAGAAAAUAGUUCAUUUAUCCUAAUACAUUAACAGAGUUUGAUCAUCAAUAACUUUUAAUUUGAUUUUUUUUACAGUUUGAAAUUUACAUUUAAAAAACAAAGUUUGUGUGAGGUUGACAUCUGGUCAGUCAUUUUCUCAGUUUGAUUUCCAUUAUAGUUUAAACAUUGUAAUUAAAAAAAAAAAAAAUAUUGAAGCUAAUAUUUUCUAAGUUAAUGUGUCAAAUUGACAUCUUUUUUUAUUUUUAAGUUUUUUAAUUUGAUUUCUUUUAAAGAGUAUCAGUAUUGUUAUUUUUUUAGGUUAAAUCAAAUCCAUUAUAGUACGGUUCAGUACGAACUAAACUUUUUGGUAUUGUGAUAUAGUUUACAUAUUGUAUAUUUUUAAUUGUUGGCAAUCAAUUUAAUUUUAUCUGAUGCUGCUCAUUUCAAUUUGUAUUAUAUAUACUCAGUUUUUCAUCCAGAAUGUGAGCUUCCUGUGUGGGAGAAAACUUAUUGAAAACGUAAUAUUUUUUCAAUCUGUCUAAAAUUCCAAAGUAAACUAAAUCAAAAUAUAUAGUCUUGAAAAGAGACAAAUGUAUCAUUUUUCAAAUACUUUUAUAGCAAGUUAAAUUACAAAUUUCAAUAAAAUAUGACUAAAGUAAUGUGGCAUGUUUAUAUUUGUUGAAUUAAAGUGAAUUUCUGUA